AUGGAGAGAGACAUUCGACGAGACCGCGGCCAAUGGCGCGGAUGCCACACCUUCAACGACAUCACCAUUGACGACGAGUUCAGCGCAAGGGACAAGAAGCGUAACGGUGGUUUGAAGAUGGGCAACACCUACUACUACUACUACGAGGUCGAUGGCAACCACGAGACUUACAACCCGGCGCAACCAGCAACUACUCAGUGUCCUUACCUCCCUGGACAAACAGUGAACACCCUGGAUGUACCAUACGAGAUGGCCGAGCGCCAGCGAAGCGCCUCGCUUGGUUCCCUCUACCACAGCGAGUACAGGACCAUGAGCCCGGAAGACAAGUUCAUCACCCCGCGACCUCCACCACCAAUUCCCGGAAGCCCUCACCAGCGACUUGGCUCUGCUCCUGCUGCGACACCCUCGAGAGCUCUCCCACGGUCUGGCUCCACAUCACCACCACCAACUUGGCGCCGCCUUUUCUCAAGGAAGCCAACCACAAGCCGCAGCACCGACAGAGGUCGACAGAUGGAUGAUGACGACGAGCGCCCAGUAUCUCCCUACUCGUCCUCUCAGUUCGACGACUAUAGGAGCGACUCGUCUUCGGACGGCAGCCGCACCCGCGACCUCUCCCCCGAGAGCUUGCGUCGCUUUCUCUCAGAUGACAAUCCAUUCGCCAGGAGCAACGAGGACAGGCCUACUAUCCUUAUCCCGGACGAUAUCGUCGAGGAGAAUGAGGACGACGAGAACUUCGCCUCUUCAGCCCUGUCUGAGAUCAACCACUACACCACCAGCCUUUCGCCGCCACCCUUCAAGCGCUGCCACUCCGACAGCAGCAUGCCCGCAGUCAGCAAUGCCAAGGUCCUCACACGCGAGAAGAAAUACUCGCCUCUCCCUCCCUUGCCUGUCAAGGAACUCGCGGAAAUUCCUCCAGCUUCCCGGUUUUCUUUCUCAUCCGACUCGAGCAUCGCCUCUUCCGUGGAGCCCAUAUCCCCUGAGGAUGAGGCACCUUCAUUCUACGACUCCACCGACGAUGAUCGCUACUCGAACGAGAGCGACGCCAACUAUGUCCAGCCACUGUCGCUCCCUGGAUCAAGAAAGCCAUCUUUGGAGCAGAACUACAGCUUGCCCCGCGCACCCGGUAUCAAAAAUCACCCUGGUGUCACUACUGUAGUGUCCGCACCUGUCGACAACCAGCUUGAUGACUUGGUCAAUGAGAUGGGCUGGAUGGUCGACAUCAUCCGAGGAAAAGGUGUCUGA